AUGGGGGAGGAGGAGGUGCAGGAGGCGGAGGACGCCGGCGCGCUGAAGCGGAAGCGCGGCGCGGGCGGGGAGGCGGAGGACGACGACGCCGGCGCGGAGGAUGCGGCGGAGGGCGGCGCGUACGAGAAGGACCUGCUGGGGGAGGACGGCGGCGGCGACAGCGAGGGCAUCGCGGAGGAGGCCGUGGCGGAGGUGAUGCGGUGGCUGGAGGCGGAGAUCGCCGAGUUCCCGCCGGCCGGCCCCGGGUUCGUGACCAUCAACGGCAACGAGGAGAGCUGCGGCCCGUCCUUCUCCGCGGCGGCGUCGACGGUGAUGGCCUCCGUCGACACCCGGGCCGGCGCGCCGCCCCCGCCGCCCGUGCCCUGGCCGUGGCCGGACCCGCCCGUUCCCGCGGAGGGGGGCGCCGCGGGGGCGCCGACGACGAUGGUGGACGUGGAGAUGGGGCCGGGCGGCGAGGCCGACGAGGAGUGGCUGGCGCGGCUGCUGACCUGCGGCGGGCCCCUGCUGGAGGGCGUCCUGUAG